CCUCUCCACCUUGGCCUCUCCCUUCAUUCCGCCAAUAUGGCCUCUCGACCACCAUCUCUCACACUCUAUGCCCUGACCCCUUCACCCAGUUCACACCCCUCGCUCCCGCUCCUCGAUCCAUCCUCCCUCUACCUCGCAACCCUCCUCCUCACGCAAUGCCCAACCACGUCCUUCUGCGUAAGACCGCCCAACCUCCUCCUCCAUAAGUCCUUGCCCCGUCUCGAGGUGAGCGGCAGUGGAGUGCUGCUAGCUGAGGGAGUCAAGGGGAUGGAGAGAUGGGUCAUGGCAAGGCGCUCCCCGUCUGCCAGCGGCGAGAAGGAGGGAGCAGAAGGAGCAGCAGAAGAAGAAGACGUGCAACAAGCAGCCCUCUCCGCCUACCUUGAACGACACAUCGAGCCCCUCGUCUACUCCAUUCUCUUCCCCUCCAGCACCGGCGGCUCUUCUUCCGGUGGCGCAGCCUCUUCUUCUUCUUCUUCCUCCGCCACCUCGUCACCAUACGAACCCAUCUUCUCCCACCUCACCUUCCCCGGCUGGGCAUCCCAUCUCCCCUUCCCCGCUUCUCGCUCACUACCGCACAGCGUACGAAAGGGGGUCGAGCAGUCCUUGCCCAAGGAGUGGAGAAGACCAAAGAGCAGUGCAUCGAAGAAGGGAGGAGGAGUGGCGGGACAGGAGAUGGGAAAGGGGAGAGAAGAGGGACCAGAGAGGGUGCAGUUAGGCAAGCCUUCGCGGAGUGCUUUUUGGGGGUUUGGGAGGAGGGAGAAGGAGGGGUGGAGUGAUGAGUUUGAGAGAAAGAGGCUUACCGGCCUCGCACGUCGUACCCUCGCCCCGGUCGUCUCAUGGCUCGCCUCCCACCCUUCACCUACCACUUCCUUACCCUCACCCGCGGAGGUCCAGCUCUUCUCCCUUCUCGCCCCAAUCCUGCUCUGCACAGCUCCUAAAGCGCUCGAGGCGCUACGAAGCCAUCCUGUGGCUCAUCUGCUGCUCGAGUUGGAGGAGUACGCCCAGCUGCGGGAGUGGGUGAGAAGCAGAAGCGAAGAGUGGUGGAGUCUCUGCGCGCCCCGAGAGGGGGAAACCUGGGUUGGCAGAAGGCUGGUAGGAGGGCAAGAAGGGGAGACGCUGCCUACUGUGACUCGCGAGAACGACAGCGUGCCCGCAGCUGCUGCUCCCUCGAGCUCGACGACGGCGCCAACUGCCCCUUCAUCCUCGUCCUUCAAGAGGUCAUGGAGCUCCUACAUCCCCUUCUUCGGCGGGCACUCCAGCGACGCAUCCUCAACCAAAGGCUCUGCUGCGAACACCGAGCCCACCUCCCUUCGCAUCGGACGAUACAUCUGGAUCGGCACUGCCCUCCUCGGUACAGUUGGUUGGCUCUUUGCCAGCGGGGUGGUGAGCAUCGAUUUCAGUGGUGAGGAAGAGGAGGGUGAGGAGGUUGUUGAGCUGGAUGAGGAGGAGGAGAUGGAGAAGCUGGAGAAAGAGUUGGAGGACGUCGAGGGAGAAGAAGAGGAGGAGGAGGAAGAGGAAGAGGGAUGGCGCUUCGCCCGGGGUGGUGGGGAGGAUGACGACGAUGACGAUGAGGAUGAUGAGGAUAUCAUCCUCGAUCUGGACGACGAUGAUGAUUAUGACGACUAGCCCACUCGCACCACUCACGCACUCAAUCCCAGCAUCAUCUUGAUAUCGUAUCCC